CGAAUUCCUCGUCGAGGCGGGCCCUCGAGCAACCCAGGGGUACGAUCGAGCAGUUGGUGCGUUGCGCUCGAGAGAUGCAGCUUGCGAGAAGCAGUGGUCUCAUCGAGCAACAUUCCCCAUUUCGCCCUCACGACGGAGUGGUCGAGCGAUUGAGCAGCGGAAAUGGGGCGGGGAAAUCCUGCCGAGGCUGGGAAGCCCGAAUAUUUGUUCCAAUGUCCGGAUCAGUUUUUCAAGUCAGCUGCUCUGCAUAAGGAGGGAAUGAGCUUGAAGGCAAUUCGGGAGGAUGCCGGUGAUGCGAAGGCAGCUGAAUUGGGGCAAGAGCUGGCCGGGCUUUCUGUCGCAAACAGGGACGAACAAACUCAGGAUGAUGCUGGAGACCAGAAUGCGAGUCAAUCCGGAGACGCUGGAGAUGAUUCCUUAACUAGAUUCACCUGCAAUAGAUGCAGAUUUUUAUUCCAGACCUGGGAUGAGCAACGCGCCCAUUUCAAGUCUGAUCUUCAUCGCUUUAACGUGAAGCGACGGUCUCGUGGCAAGGAGCCCAUCAGUGAAGACGAUUUCACUAAAGUUGCAGAAGGAGGAUCGAAAGGCGACAUUGACGAUGUUUCAAGUAUAUCUGGAUCUGAUUCGGAGUCGGAUGACCCAAACAGCACAGACGGUUUCAGGCGCAAUACUCAUAAAACCAAUCGCAUCCACUUCGUCUUACAGGACUCAGGACAAUCAUUCUCCCUCUGGCGGGUACUUGCUUUAAGUGAGCGAGAGUACUUGCAAACUGAGAGAUGUUACGCAGAAGAGCAUAACGAUGUACUUUACGUAUCUGAAGACAACCUUUUGCUAAGACUUAAGUCUUUGGUACCUCCUACAUUGAGGAUUGAAGACAAUGCAGUACCUAAACAUAUCUGGGUUGUUCUAUUAUCUGCUGGAGGGCACUUUGCUGGUGUUGUUAUGAAUAUGCAAGGAGGUGGAGUUCUUGCUCAUCACACUUUUCACAGAUAUGUCGUGAGAGCGAAAGCAGGAGGCAGGCAAUCCACUCGUGAUGCGACUGGCCGCGCUCCAAAGUCAGCGGGUGCAUCCCUUCGAAGAUACAACGAAAUGGCUUUGCAAAAAGAAAUUCGGGAUCUAUUGGCUUCUUGGGGUGAUUACCUGCGGUCUGCAUCUCACAUAUUCGUCUAUGCUCCGUCUGCAAACGGGCAAGCUCUUUUCGGAGGAGAAAAUGCACCUCUGAAUCGCAAUGAUUUACGACUUCGGCGAAUCCCGUUCACUACGCGUAGACCUACGUUUAAAGAAGCUCAACGGGUUUUCCGUGUACUGGCAUCAAUCACAUAUGAGGAGGAGAGUCCAACUUCCAUUGAGACUCCCAUUGCGAUGGUGGAUGGCAGUGCAGGAGCAAAGAAGGAAGCGAAACUUAGUGUUAAGAAGUCUGAUGCAGGACAGGGUAGUGCAGACAGUAGUGGUCAAUCGACUGCCCAGAACCCUGCAGAUGGUGCGGGCUCCAGUGGUUCUGAGGUGCCGGCACUCAACCCGAGCACUCCUCUCCAUGAGGCAGCCAAGUCUGGAAACUGUGAGGAGGUGCUGAGACUCUUAGAAGAUGGUAUGGAUCCCUGUGCCCGCGAUGGAAGAGACAGGACACCAUAUUCUCUAGCAGGAGACAAGGAGACGAGAAACGUGUUCCGGAGGUAUAUGGCCAGAUUCCCAGAUCAGUGGGAUUGGCAUGCUGCUAAUGUACCAAGUGCUUUGACUGAGGAGAUGGAGUUGGCACAAGCAGCUAGAGAGGCUGAAAAGAAGGCAAAGCGGAAGGAGAUCGAGAAGGAGAGAAAGAAAUUGAGGAAAGAGCAUGACAGGAAGAAAGAGGCUGAGAAAAAAGCAGCGGAAUUAGCGGCUGCAGCCGUGGCCAGUGUGCGUGGCACCAGUCAAGUUAAGUCUUUCACGAAAACGCCAGCCCCGGAUACCAAGUCAGCUGCCUAUCAAGCGGCCGUAGCAAAGGCACAGGCUGCAGAAAGAGAUGCAAGAGCAGCUGCGGCUGAGGCUAGGAUGCGGGCUCUGAUUGCAGCCAAUAACGCCACAGAUGGGCAGUCUACCUCGACGCCUUCAAGGGCGUCAGGCAGCUCGAGUGGUGGAGCUAAGGGGUGCUCAUGUUGUGGGGCCUCGCUAGUAGGUAAGACACCAUUUUAUAAGUUUUCAUACUCGUACUGUAGCACAACAUGCGUUCAAGUACAUAGGAAAUACCUGGAAAAUGAAGGUCAAUGACACAAUUUUUUAUCCUGAAUCACGCUUAGUUCUGGUGCUCGAGGGCGAUCUCGUUCUGAAGGUGCUUUUAGCAGCAGUUGUAGAGCUAUUACCGUUGUGGAUGUUUAUAUUGAGUCAAGUGGAGAAUUUCCAACCUCUUGACUUUCUGGAACAUGAAAAGUUGUUUCGGUUGGGAGCUUCUUUCAUUAUCGCACAAUGAGCACUCAACUCUUGCCAAUCAGUUGAAGACCACCCCUUCUCUCCUAAUGAAGCCCC